AUGGCAACAUUAGUGCAAUUAAUUAAUUCUUUUGAUCAUGAUUCAAAAGAGUAUGAAGAAUUUUUACAAACUUUAAUAUGUUUCAAUGGAGAUAUACCAUUUAAUUUAGAAGAGGUUGAUUGUGCACAAAAUAUCAUUAUAUCAACUAUUAAUGAAUAUUUGAAUCGAUCACAGUCUCGACAUAAUGGUUUGUUAAUUCUGGAUAAAAUUUUACCACAAUGUUCUAAAGAUGUACUUUUAAAAUAUUGUGUUCUAUGGAUGUCAAAAGCUACUCAAGUAUUAGAAAGUAUUCAUAGUACUCUGCAAGAAUUAUCUAUUUCUUGUAAGGUUCUUGGAUAUUUACUUAUACGGUCAAAAGAUAUUUCUGACAUACAGAAGCAGGUAUCGAUGCAAAAUGUGAAACAGCUCAUUAAUAUAAUCAGUAAUAUGAGUGUAGAAAAAAUAUGUGGUUCAAUAUAUUACUUAACUGCUGUAUUAUUACAUCAAUAUCCAGAAGUUUGUGAACGUUAUCAGAUAUUCAUUAGAAAAAUUAUAUUAUUACAAAUUGAUUCGCCUCAAGAAAAUUUAGUUGAUGCAAGUGCAAAGUGUUAUGUUCUUUUAGCAAAGGCAACAGAGCGUUCAUUUAAAGCACCAAUUUCAAAACUAAAUUAUAUCAGCUGGACAUAUAACCAGGCACUCAUUUGUAACAGCAUACAUGCUAUAAUGGAUGAAUUAUUUUCUGGUUUUGUAGAAUUAGAAAAUGUGGAUAUUUGGGAUAAAUUAGAAUUGCCAAAUAUAUCUGAAAAAAAUGUUAUUCAAUUUUAUUUUACACAAGAACGAAGAUUUUGUAAUUUGUGCUCUUACUUAUCUUAUAUGUUGUGUGGAAUUGAUAAAAAGAAUUCAGUGCUACCUCAUGAAAUUUUAAAAGUUAUAUGCAGAGGACUAGCAAUACAACCUUUAAAUUUAAAGAACCAAAACUUUGUCAAAGAACAAAUGUUAUAUCUUAUUUUACCAAAGCUACAUAUUGCUUUAUUUAAUGUUUUAGAUGCAUUAAUAAAUGGAUUUAAGGACCAAUUAAUACCAUUUGGAUCAACAAUAUUGCAACUAUUUCUUCAAACAUUGCAAUGGACAGAAAAUGUUCUAGAAAAUCAAACAACUAUUAGUGGAAACAAACCUUUUAAAAAUGUAAGGAUAUCUGUUUAUAAGUGCCUUAACUCUUGGUUAGUGAAUACUAAUGCUCUGUCAGGUAUAGAAACAGUUGCAGAUGAAUUUCUCCCUUCUAUUUUGAAAGACAUAGUACCAGAAAAAGAUCGUGUUUUGUUAACUAUUCAAAAAACUCAUAAUUUAUCAAAAAGAGCAUUGAAACGUCUUCGAGAUAGCCAAUAUGAGAAAGGCACGUAUUUGAAUAAUGGAAUUGCUUCCAAUAAAGAAUAUUAUUUAGAUGUAGAUGUAUGUAAAGUGGCUCUCAACGUGCUGCAGAAUAUACACUUUAGUGGUGGAACUCUUUUAAAACAAGUAUUCUUUACGACUAUUCAAAAUAUUAUAAUACCUCUGUUGUACGACUGUUAUUUUACUUCUACUGAACAAAAAUUUUAUAAAGAAAAUCCUGACUGUUGUUUACUAUUACUUAGAGUUUUGAGAGCUUUGCAAUUGAAUCCACAUUCUUUAGUACCUUUACCUACGCAAUAUUCUUUAGAAAUAUUUGAAAUAGCAUUAAAUGACAAAAACAUAUAUAUUGCUCAAGAGGCUAAAGUGGCAUUAGCAGAACUUGAAAAAAUAGUACAUUCUCAUGCUCCACCCAUCCAAAUAACUCAAGUAGAGAUAAUAGAAAAAGAAUUUGUUGCUGAUGGUCAAAGUGUGCAAGAACGUAUGGAAGCAACUGAAGAUGUCUCUCCAGUUAAUGUCGAAACUGCUAUAGAUGAAAAUACGGAACCGUUACCAAAUAAAAGAUUAAAAGUUAUACAUUCAAAUUGCAACAAAAUUGAUGAACUUACUACAAAAAACAUCACUGAAAAUGAAUCAUGUAUUAAACAGACAAACCAAGACGUUUUAAAAAUACAAGAUAACACGUUAAAACAACAAGUAGAUGUUAUAGUACAAAAUAAUAAUAUUGUAGAAAGUGAACAAGUUACAGAAAUUUGUGAUAAAUCGUCGAAUGAAAGUAGUUCGGCAUCAGUUGCAAUUAACGUAUCAGAAACACCAGAAUCAACAUCGCAAUAUCAAAAUCAAAGUAUAUCAACGUCAGAAGUAAAUGAAGGUACCCCGGUUGAAAGUAUGGACACAACACAAGUAGCUGAUAAUAAUUUCGAAAUUGUUUCUAAAGUACCUGAAGAAAAUCAGAUAUGUUUAUCAUCAGAAAAGGAAAAGAAAGAGGAAGAGAUAUUACAAUUGUUUCAGGAUAUUCCAAAAGAUAACAACUAA